AGGCUGAAAGUUGACGUUUGGGCCGUAUGUCGACCAAACUUCACAGUCGCUCCCAACUCUCGCAUCAAACAACAAUCAUACCACACAUGGAUACUAAGGUGUCUGGUACACUCUGAGUAUUUACGAUGUCGGUCCUUCAAGUUGAAGAUCUGGUAUCUUACCAACUGCGCAUAAACUACCUGGAUACUAUCUCGGAUGGUGUUGGAGAGCGUCUGAUUACCAUAAAUGAUGGCUUCUUGAAUACCGCUGGAUUCAAAGCUGCUGGUUGGCGACAGAAUCCUGCGAACAUUAGACGAACCCACUCUCCACCAAUCCCUACUGCUAUAGCGUCGGAAUACUUUCAAGCCCCCCCUAGAUCUGCUGGUCUGGCACAGAAUGGCCUUGAGGACGAGAUUGAAGAGGGGGGCUUGGUCACUGGAGGAGGGGCAGGAGACACGGUAGGCCCUGGCAUUGCGACCAAGCGGCGACGAAGAAGGGAGCAGAUGGAGGAGGAGGAUAGUAGUGAUCUGAGCGACGAGAGUGACGAGGAUGGUGAUCAGAGGGCAGCGCAGCAGAUCAAGUUCUCAAAGAUGCCGAUACGGAAUCGCUCCGGAUCCUCCCCCAUUCGCGGGUCAAACCUUCGUCAAUCGUCUACUGUCACUUCUCCCUCUCGAACCCCGGGAGGACAGACAAGAAGAGGGUCUCAAUCUGCAUUAGAAGCUGUGAAGGAACGAGCUAGAAGAGAUACGGUCACAAGUAGCGAGAUGUCAUCCGAGAAUGAAUUCGAUGCAUCUGCUUUCCAAAGACAACGUGAGGCGACUAGAAACGCUGCAAAGGCGAGCAAAGCGCUUCUUCGCCAUACCUCGGAUCCUAAUGUUGGAGUCAAACGGCAACAAAGUGAUUUGCUUGAGGGAGAGGAAGAGGAUUCUGAUGGCUCUGGAUCAGACAUGGAUUCGGAUUUCGCAGGGAGCAUCGACUCUGCCUCGCUUUUGGAUGGAGUGGACGGACCCAUCAAUACCUCACCUACUAGUCAUGUGGUAGGAACUUUACCGCGAGAUCUACAAAGGUCUCCCGUGAAGAAGUCAAAACCGGCUCCUCCAGUUCUUCAAGCACUUCCCCCUCCUCGCCCUAUCAGCACAAUACAGCCUAAAAGUCUCCUUUCUGCUGCUAUCAAAGCUAAACGAACGAAGGCUGCAAUGCCAUUUGAAUCAUUUGCGUCUCUGUCAGGACAAGGCGAAUCGAAUCCUCUGAAUCUACGAAUAUGGGCACCUUUCGCAACAUCUACUACCAAGCCCUUUGAAGUAUUAAUUCGGAGAAGCGUACAUGAGAAUGAGGCAAAUGACCGAGCAGUCACAGUCGCUGAUCUCAUCGGACUAAGUCUGUGGCGAUAUACCGAAGAAAAGCUUGAACCAGUCAUCCCACCGGAAAAGCUCAAUGUAAACCGAUGGACUCUUCGCAUGGUAGAGGACGAGGAGGUGGAUUAUGAUUUUCCAGCAUUGGAGCGUACGAAGCCUGUCGCAGCAUUCACCACAGCCAACAAUCGUGCAGCCAGGUCAAGAUCAAAUUCGAAGCCAUACGAUGAAUUUGCUCUUGUAGAAGCCACAGAAGAACAAUUCGAGCAAAAUCAGAAAGUCACUCCACAAUUCAAACAAGAAGCUGCCGCAUCUGCAGCCGAUGAUGAUCUGACACCCAAAAUCACGCCCUUACCUUCGUCUACAUUGGCCGCCGCACAGCCCCGCCAGAAUCCUCUUCUGACAACAAUGUCAGCUCUACGGCUUAAUUCAACUCUAGCAGACGCACCGGCGAUUGGAAACACUACGGCCAACGCCAGGAAUGGAGUCAAGAAGUUCCUCCGCAUUCACAUUCAUUCUGCAGACGCGGCUCCUGGUCAAAUGAUUACCUUGGACGUCACGACCGAUACAUACUUGGCUGAUGUGCUUGACAUCGUUUGCAAAAAGAGGCAAUUAGACAAAGCCAACCACGUUUUGAAGCUGACUGGCUCUGGUACGGUAGUCCUUCUUGACCGCACUGUCGAGUCUAUUGGCAACUGUACAGAACUUGAUUUAUACCGUCGAAGAUUUGCUACAGAUGGCCCUCUGACAAUGUCUGGUUCGCCGAGCAGCAGCUCACCCAAGAUACCUUUAAUGACGGAACGACCCGACCCUAGGAAAAUCAGAAAAGGACCAAUGAUGGGAACGCAUCCGCUUGCGCAGGAAUCGAUCAAGCAAGAUGAGCUUGGAAGUGCUAAUUAUAGAAAGUAUACGGUCUGGCGAAAACAACCAAUGAGAUUUGUCGGGUUGAAUGAGAGGGUUCUUGCCAUAGAUGGCGAAUAUCUUCACAUCAUGCCGGCAUCUACAGGGAAAACAAUGUUUGAGGGACAAGGUAAAACCACAACAGUACAUUUCAGCAAAGUAGUUGGGUGUAAGGUAACGAGAAGACACCCAACAAAUUUCAAGAUUGUGAUAUACAAAACUACAGAGACCAAACGCUACGACUUUGAGGCAAAGAGUGCCGAUGAAGCUGCAGAGAUCGUCUUCGAGAUCAAGAAAGGCAUCUCACCCUACCACAGUGUUUGAGAGUACCGAAUGGGCUAUGAUGUCGAUUGUCCCGGUGGUCCCUGAAAAUAUGCGAGUGGGGCAAGCGUUAUGGUUGGGUAUGAAUCCUGAUUCCUGCAGCGUUCAUCCCCCAGAUUAUCGUCAUCUGCGGCUCUUCAGCAAGAGAUCAUUUGCAUCGGACCGGCAUGCCCCACCAGGCAAUUCAUCUUGAUUGAGCCUCGCCCAAC